GACUGCAGACACAGUACAGGGGAUGACCAGAGACUGCGGACACAGUACAGGAGAUGACCAGAGACUGCGGACACAGUACAGUACAGGGGAUGACCAGAGACUGCGGACACAGUACAGGGGAUGACCAGAGACUGCGGACACAGUACAGGGGAUGACCAGAGACUGCGGACACAGUACAGGGGAUGACCAGAGACUGCGGACACAGACACAGGGAUGACCAGAGACUGCGGACACAGUACAGGGAUGGCCAGAGACUGCGGACACCGCACAGGGGAUGGCCAGAGACUGCGGACACCGCACAG